GUAUCGCAAUCGAAAUCGAAAUCGGACGGGACGAGAAAGAAACGGCUCCGGCAAAAUCGUUAUAAAUUAAUUAAUAAACCGCAAAUCAGCGCUGCAAAAGUGUGCAAAACACCCGCUAAUUAACGUAAUAACGCUUGCGGUGCUUAGGAGCCUGGAAAAUCGUUAGUUUGCCAGGACUUGUGUGUUUUUCCAUUCGCCGCAGCAGCAUAUGUACACACACACACGCGCACCCCCGCCCAACACACACACAUACACGACUAGGUGUAUUAAAAUUAAAGUUGUGUUUUCGAGUGUGUGUAAAGUGCAAUAGCCCAGUGGAAAGUGGAAGUGAAAUAGAGUGCGUUCCAGUUCCAGGCAAGGAGUUCCCUUCCAGGAGUUGAGUGUCUUAACCCAUGUCUGCCCCGAUUGCCAUUGCCAAGGAUUGCUAAGGGUUAAGGCUCGAGGAUAAGGACACGGAUAGGGAUACGGAUAAGGAGUGCCAGGAUAAGAGAUCCAGGAGGAAUAUAGGAGUUGCCAGUCCCAUCGCUUCGUCUCCGCAACUAUGCAUUGGCUAGGGGCGAUUUGCAGCCAGCUUAGAGCGCCAGCGAGCAACUGCAGCAACACAUAACCAAAACAACCAUCAACCUCCUCAUCAACUUGAACUUCAACUCCAAACCAAGUCCACCAACACUGAGCCACCCCAACGCCUCUUGCCUCCAGGAGCAGCGCCAGGAGCACCAGGGCAGUCCCAGCUGGAGGAGCAGGAAUCCCCCCGCGGCGGAGGAGCAGCCAGUCUGGAAUGUUGGAACACCCCCAGCGGUUCGUGCGCAACAUCCCCGACUCCUCAGCCAGUUCGCAGCAGUAUCCGCAGCAGCAGCAGCAGCACCAGCAUCCGCCCCAGCUGCCGCAGCACCAGAAUCUGAAUCUCAACCAGAACCAGAACCAGAAUCAGAUAUACCAGUACCGUCCCCAGGUGCCCGUGCCCGUGCCCGGCUCGCCUGCCCACCACCAGCGCCACUCGUCGCUCUCCCAGCAACAGCAGCUGCACCACCACCGCACCCUGUCCACCGCCUCCUCCUGCAGCGCCCAGCACAAAAGUGUGACCUUCGGCCAGCCAGCGCUCGACUGCGGCGGCAACGGCAGCGGAAGCGCCAACGGAAGCGGUAGCGGCAACUCUUCCAGUGGCAGUGCCGCCGGCAACGCUGGAACCCAACCAAUGGCGGGCAACAUGAAGCACGGCAAAUCUCAGGAAGACGUCUGCUACGUGGUAGCCAAGUACGACUAUGCGGCGCAGGGUGCCCAGGAGCUGGAUCUGCGCAAGAACGAGCGCUAUCUGCUGCUGGACGACUCGAAGCACUGGUGGCGCGUCCAGAACAGCCGCAAUCAGUCCGGCUACGUGCCCAGCAACUAUGUGAAGAAGGAGAAGCCCUCGCUCUUCGACAGCAUUAAGAAGAAGGUGAAAAAGGGCUCCGGAUCGAAGACGCUGCCCAAUUGCUCGCCCUCGCGACAAAUCGAGAGUCCAACCAUGUCGCGCCGACUGCCCCCCGAUCCCGCCGAGGCCAUCGGCACUGCUGUGGUCAAGUACAACUACCAGGCCCAGCAGCCCGAUGAGCUGUCGCUGACCAAGGGUACGCGGAUCCUCAUCCUGGAGAAGUCCAACGACGGCUGGUGGCGUGGGCAGAGCGGCAACUCCGUCGGCUGGUUCCCCAGCAACUACACAACGGAGGAUUGUGAUAACGACGGCGAGAUCCACACCUACGCCAUGGCCGAGAACGUGCUCGAUAUUGUGGUCGCUUUGUACAGCUUCACGUCGAACAACGACCAGGAGCUGUCCUUCGAGAAGGGCGAUCGGCUGGAGAUCGUGGAUCGGCCCGCCUCCGAUCCGGACUGGUACAAAGCUCGCAACAAUCAGGGCCAAGUCGGUUUAGUUCCACGCAAUUAUCUCCAAGAGUUGAACGACUACCUGGCCACGCCCUAUCGCAACACGAGUGCCAGCGCCGGCAACGGAAAUGGAGGAGGCAGCAAUGGCGGAGCAGGCGGCGCAGGUGGAGGCGGAAACGACUCCAUGGAGCGACGCAACGAGGGCAAUAAGCCGGCGGCGCAGUCCUCCGGCCAGCCUAUUGAGCGGCCCAAUCUGGCGGGCAAGUCGUGGUACUAUGGAGCCAUCACCCGGAGCCAAUGCGACACGGUGCUUAAUGGCCAUGGGCACGAUGGCGACUUCCUCAUCAGAGACAGUGAGACUAACAUGGGCGACUACUCGGUUUCGUUGAAGGCCCCCGGGCGCAACAAGCACUUCCGCGUGCACGUGGAGCAGAACAUGUACUGCAUCGGGCAGCGGAAGUUCCACUCGCUGGACCAACUGGUCGACCACUACCAAAGAGCGCCCAUCUACACAAACAAGCAGGGCGAGAAGCUGUAUCUGGUGCGGUCGCUGCCGAAGGCCAAUGGGACGUAAGCAGGGUCCAGGACCAGGGCGGCGGAAUCUCAGCACCCAUAUUACCCGUAUUCAAGCAACACACAUAUGCAACACAAAGAUAUACCAAGGCUAACUUGUAGGCAGCUCAGCUCAGCGCGACGUGUAGUUCAAUGUAGUUCGGUUCCGUUCGUUUCCGUUCGGUUCGGUUGGGAUCUUCAAUUAUGGACUCAGUUUUGGAUUAGAUCAGAUCAGACCAGCGUGUGUAUAUAGAUCGGUUGGUUCGACGCGACCCGUACAUAUAGCCGCGGACAGAGGACCUUUUUGUACUUUUAUAUCAUUGAAUUAACUAAAUUACCGCUUAAUUAUCGCAUUGGCUAUGUUAACGAGGAACAGUAAACGAUAAACUAAAGAACUCAUCAUCGCAUUCGAUUCGAUUUGAGCAAUUCUAGAUGUCAACAUGCAAUACAUUUACAUAUUUACAUACCAUACAUGUGCACAUAUUAUACUAUAUUCUAAAGCAAAGUUGUAGCAAACUUAUGUACACAGAGAGGAGAGUAAGAGUCCGCUUUUAAUCAGAAUCAGAAUCAGAACACUCGAACAUGUAAUAUGAGAUAUGAUAUAUGAUAUUUGAUAUGAUACGAUGUCUAUUAUCCACGCGCUAACCGUAAGCAUACUGUGUACGAUCGUAACCAAUCCGCAAGAUAUCGAUUUCGUGUAUGUACAUACAUAGGUGAGGCAUCCUGAUCCUGGAUCCAGGACACUCAACCCACACAGCCAGAGUGAGGAAUACGCUCCUACAGUCAUUUUUGUUAUUUAUCCAUUAACUUAUCGACUACGAUAUAACCACGCAGACCGCAAAACAAAUACAAUUGAUAUCUCCGGGCGGAGUCCUGCCCCGCGCAUAA